AUGAAUCUACUACAUAAAGCUCUUCGUAUAAGACCCUUGUCCGCUGAAGAGUUAGUUAGGAUACCAUCAAGAUUACAGAGAAAUGUUAUUUCCACAACACCUUUUACGCCGAAUCAAGUUGUUAUCCAAGGUGAAAAGAAACAAUCAUUCACCUUUGAUCAUGUCUUUGGUCCGGAAACAACACAAAAAGAGAUUUAUGACAAAACUGUCAUGAAAUUAAUAGACCAAUUCUUAGAAGGAAACAACGUGACUGUACUAACAUUUGGACAUACAUCAUCUGGCAAAUCAUAUACGAUGGGAACAACAGAAAAAUCAACUCAUGAAUCAAAGGGAAUAAUUCCAAGAUCAAUUACAACAUUAUUGUCUUGUGUAAAUUCAACUCAAUAUAAAACACGUAAACCUUUCAUGAAAGUUUCUUUCGUGGAAAUAUAUAACGAUGAAUCAACAGAUUUGCUUUGCGAAGGCGGUGAUAGAAAAUUAAACACUUCUUUAACUGGAUUACAAGAAAUUAGAGUUAAUAGUGCUGAAGAAGUUACGGGCCUUUUAUCCUUAGGACAGUUGAAUCGAAGAUCAAACGCGCAAGAUUUAAAUCGACAUGAUCCUGAUAACUCACACGUAAUUGUUUUUUCUCCAAAAUUAAAUAAACAAUUUGAUGGUGAAUGGGUUACGGUAACAAGUAAAUUUCAUUUCGUUGAUUUAGCUGGUAACGAAAUGGUACGUAGCUUCGGGUUAGAACAUAAAUUAAAAGAACAUUUUACGUCAACCAAUGAAUUAACGACCAAAGUCGCGAUUGGUAAUGCAAUUUGUGCUCUUGGAGAUCCAUCAGAAAAUUCAACAUUUUUACCUUAUAAAGGCAGUAAACUUACUAGAAUAUUACAAAAUUAUCUUUGUAAUAAUAUUCAAGCUUUAAUUAUAGCUUGCGUUUCACCAAUAGAAUAUAAUAUUAAAGAAACUGUUAAUACAUUAGAAUACGCUAAACAUGCUCGUAAAAUAAAA